UUUUUUUAACUUUUUCUUUUCGUUUACAUAAAUUGCAGCCCUUCGUCAACCAGACUACAACCCUUUCAAAGCCCUACCUCGCCUAGUCUCUCUGCAGCUCCAGAACCCUCUCCCAUGGCGGACGGGGGAACCACUCUGCAAGUGAGCUCCAAAGCGGAGCUCAAACGAAGAGAGAAGCAGAAGAAGAAGGCCAAGUCUGGAGGGUUUGAGUCCAUGGACUUGAGCCCUAAUGUCUACAGAGGUAUCAAGCGUAAGGGCUACAGAGUGCCCACCCCUAUCCAGCGUAAGACCAUACCCCUCAUACUCAGAGGAAGCGACGUCGUCGCCAUGGCCCGUACGGGCUCCGGGAAGACUGCCGCCUUCAUUUUGCCAAUGCUCCACCGGCUUCAGCAGCACGUGCCCCAAGUCGGAGUUAGGGCUCUCAUUUUGUCUCCUACUAGAGACUUGGCUUUGCAGACCUUAAAAUUCACCGAAGAGCUCGGGAAAUUCACCGAUCUUCGCACCAGUUUGCUAGUUGGAGGUGAUAGCAUGGAAAGCCAGUUUGAAGAAUUAGCGCAGAAUCCUGAUAUUAUAAUUGCAACCCCUGGUAGACUCAUGCAUCAUUUGUCUGAGGUCGACGACAUGUCAUUGCGUUCAGUUGAAUAUGUUGUUUUUGAUGAAGCUGAUAGCCUAUUUGGCAUGGGUUUUGCGGAUCAGUUGCGUAAAAUUCUUUCUCAACUAAGCGAAAACCGUCAAACAUUACUUUGUAGUGCAACUUUACCUAGUGCCCUUGCUGAGUUCACCAAGGCUGGAUUACGGGAUCCCAUGGUUGUGCGGCUUGAUUUAGAGACAAAGAUUAGUCCUGAUUUGAAGGUUUCCUUUUUCACCUUGCGUGAAGAAGAGAAACACGCAGCAUUGCUAUAUUUGGUAAGGGAGCAUAUCAGUUCCGAUCAACAGACAUUGAUAUUUGUUUCCACAAAACAUCAUGUGGAGUUCUUACAUAUUCUUUUUAGAAAAGAGGGUAUAGAACCUUCUGUCUGUUAUGGUGAUAUGGAUCAAGAUGCUCGUAAGAUUCAUAUAUCAAGGUUUAGGGCAAGGAAAACUAUGUUGCUGAUUGUGACUGAUGUUGCAGCUAGAGGCAUUGACAUUCCGUUGCUUGAUAAUGUUGUCAAUUGGGACUUCCCCCCCAAACCAAAAAUUUUUGUCCAUCGAGUAGGACGAGCUGCAAGGGCUGGUCGUACAGGCACUGCAUUUUCUUUUGUGACUUCUAAGGAUAUGCCAUACCUUCUAGACCUUCAUCUUUUUCUCUCCAAGCCAAUUAGAGCUGCUCCCACUGAGGAGGUGGUCUUGAAAGAUAUGGAUGGAGUAAUGUCCAAAAUUGAUCAAGCAGUUGCAAAUGGAGAAACUGUUUAUGGACGUUUUCCCCAGACAGUUAUUGAUCUUGUUUCAGAUAGAGUUCGGGAAAUUGUUGAUUCAUCUACAGAACUGACUUGUUUACGGAAAACCUGUAUAAAUGCAUUUCACUUGUAUUCAAAAACAAAACCCUCACCUUCACGGGCAUCCAUGUGCAGAGCAAAAGAUUUACCCCGCGAAGGGUUGCAUCCAUUUUUUAAAAAUGUACUGGGUGGCAGUGAAUUAACGGCAUUAGCUUUUUCUGAACAAUUGAAAGCUUUCAGACCCAAGCAGACCAUAUUGGAAGCCGAAGGUGAUGCUGCUAAAUCAAAGCAUCUGCAAGGUCCUUCUAGUCAGUGGGCUGAUGUGAUGAAGAAGAAAAGAGCCAUCCAUGAGGAGAUUAUCAAUUUAGUCCAUCAUCAACGCUGUAACAAUCAUGUGGCAGAGGAAGCCAAUUCUGAAAAGACAUCUUCAGAGGAAAAGGAAAGAAAAGAAGUUGGUGGGUCUAAACGAAGGGCUAAUAGCUUCAAGGAUGAGGAGUACUUCAUAAGUUCGGUGCCAACAAAUCAACAUUUGGAGGCUGGACUCUCAGUUAGAGCUAACGAAGGCUUUGGUUCAAACAGGUUGGAAGCUGCUGUUCUGGAUCUGGUUGCAGAUGAUAGUGAGGGCCUGCAGAAACAAAAGUCCAUGCAUCAUUGGGAUAAGCGGAGUAAAAAGUUCAUCAAGUUGAACAGCGGUGAACGUGUAACUGCAACUGGAAAGAUAAAGACGGAGAGUGGCUCCAAAGUAAAAGCUAACAAAACUGGAAUAUACAAGAAAUGGAAGGAGAGGUCACACAACAAAAUCUCUCUCAAAGGAACAGUUAAUGAUCAAAAUGGUGAAAACCCUACACAAGGUGAUCGUCAAUUAUAUGGAGGUGGCAGAAAGUUCAGAGGAAACAAGAAGCAUUGCUCCAUUCCGAAUGCCAAUGUGCGUUCUGAAAUUAGAGAUCUUGACCAAGUUCGCAAGGAAAGGCAGAAGAAGGCAAGCAGAAUCUCCUACAUGAAGAAGAACAACUCUAAGAAGGGAAAAAAGUUUUCUAAAAAUAGGAAACAAGGAAAACAAAGUAGGUGAUCUGGCCAGAUUCAACUGCGUACAGGGUUAAUUUGAGGUCCUGAAAUGACCUUUGAGGAAUCAAUACAAUGUAACCGGCUUCAGAAGUUUUGAAUGCUUCUACAAGUGGUACUGCAAUUUUAGUGAACUCUUGGUGCUGUAGAAAAUUUUCUUUCAUUUUAUUUCUUUUUACUCAGACAUGAUGUUAGCCCAGUUUGAGAAAUUUUGUUCCUUGCCCUGCUGAGGCAGAAAUUGUAGCUCUACAGACUGGAAAUGAUGUCAUCACUGCUGUGUUUCCUGCUUUAUUGAUUCAUAUUGAACGUGCAA